GAUAAUUCCCUAUGGUUUGUAGUUAGAAACUCUUGGUAUAUCUUCGUAGCUACCUCCGGGAUUUAUAACAAACACCUAGUCAAUGAGUUCAACAAGAUGGUUUUCUUGCAAUUUGACUCCGACAAAUGGAACCAAACAUAAUACCAGGGCAUGACGAAAAAGAAGCAAAGAACCCAUACCUGCAGCAGUACGCAACUCGGCAAAGAUUAAGAAUAAACUUCUCAUACCCUAGACCGAUCGAUUAUGCAGCUUAUCAACCUUACCAAUCACUUAAGGAAUCUUCAGGUGGAUGGUCACGAUGACAACCAUUAUAACGCCUCGGCGAAUGAACUAUGGGAUAGCUUCUGGCCAGCGAAGACAGAAACAACCACCGCGGACAAGUCAACACAGGACAAAUCGAAAAAAAACUAUUUUCAGCCAUCACCAUCGAGGACAACUCGUGCAAAAACAGUAUCAAAGCCCACUGUCAGAACAAAUUCGUACCACCGUCAUCCUGGUUCAACCCCACCACCAAUCGGCAUAAAUGUCGCACCUCGAAUCCCAUCUAUUUCACGACAUUCCCAGUAUCGUCCAUUAAGAGGCAGCAAGUCUUUCACUAAUACGAAGUCUGAGGUUUCAAACCUCAUUGGAUACUUGGCACCUACCACCCCUGAACUGGAGUCAGCUUCAACUUGGGAACAACCACGACCUGCCCCCAUCCCAAAAGUCUUUAAUACGCCGAAGCUACGUAUGUCAGCAUCAGCCCAUGAUAUAAGAGAAUGGGUAUAUCACGACAGCCAAGCGCUCUUAGGGUAUAUGCCCAUCAAUACAGACCAGAUACAGCCAACUUCCUCACAAAUGGAGCGCUUCAUUUCGGUUUUCGACUCGGACUCAGAUGCUGAAUAUAUUGGGAACUAUAAUACAUCAAAGCGUGGCACUCGUAACUUACGCGUCAAGAAGGAUUACAAAGGUAGUGACACCAAACAGAAGGUUUCAAAUCUUGUGGAAAAGGAGACUGCUACUCCAAGGUCGGAGAGCUCAGAUCGUGCGAAGGGCGGCAAAAUAGGUCGAGCAUGGUAUAAGUUGAAGCGGAAACUCUUGAAUAAAGGUUCCGUUGACACAGUCACAUUAGUUCGGUCUCAAAAAUCCUCAGUAUCCCAGAACUCUUCGAAUUAUACCCCAAUGGACAUUAAUAUUGUGCAACAUACAUGGACUGGACUUAGGUUCAUUAUUUGGGAAAUAUUUCAAUCCAUGAGUGGUCACUGACAUUCCAAUACACGUGUAUGGAACCACUGGACGAAAGUCUAACGCAAAGGCC